AUGGCAACAACAUCUUCAUUAUCAAAUGAUUGUUCAACAUCAAAUAUUCUAAAUACAAAUAAAACAAAAUCUAUUCAUAAUUUAAGUCGAAGUAUUGAACGUGCACUUGAUGAAGCUGCUUAUACAGGUGAACUUGUUUUGAAUGGUCGUAAACUUCGAGAAUUUCCAAAUUAUUCUUAUACAAAUAAUAAAUGUGAUUUAUCCGAUACAAUUCUAGCUGAUCUUUCUCGUAAUCAUUUUAUUGAAUUUCCACGUAUAUUAUGUUCAUUUUUUUCUCUUGAACGUCUUAAUCUAUAUCAUAAUGUUAUUAAGUCAAUACCUGAACAAAUUAUACAAAUUCGUAUGCUUAAAAUUCUUGAUUUAAGUCGAAAUCAACUUGCUUAUAUUCCACCACAAUUAUGUAAAUUACCUAAUCUAGAAGUUUUAAUUAUUAAUAAUAAUAAACUUGUUUCAUUACCCGAAGAAAUUGAUCAAUUAGAAAAAUUAAUUGAAUUAGAUGUCAGUACAAAUGAUAUAACACAAUUACCAUAUCAAAUUGGAUCAUUACAAUAUUUACGUACAUUAAAUAUUCGUCGAAAUAUGAUUAUUGAAUUACCAACAGAAUUAUGUAAUUUAAAAUUAAUUCAUUUUGAUUGUUCAUUUAAUCGAAUUAUUCGUUUACCAUUAAAUUUACGAGAAAUGGUUAGUUUAAUUGAACUUAAUGUAGAAUAUAAUCCAUUAGAAAGUCCACCAGCAUCGGUUUGUACACUUGGUUUGCUUCAUAUAAUGCGUUUUCUUCUUGUCGAAGCCAUGAAAGAAGAAAAACGACGUGGACUUUUAACUGAACAUGAAAUUAAUACAAAAUAUCGUAAUUCAUUUUCAUAUCAAGGAUCACGUAGAAACAUUCAAUUAUUCAAUUUUUCAUCUAAAGAACGUCCUUGGCCAACAUCAACAUUAUCUAGACAAUUAUCAAAUGUUGAAUCAUCAAUAUCUAAUACAAUAAUAAAUGAUAAUAUUGAAAAUUAUAAUUCAUAUCAACGUUCAUUAUCAAUAGAUAAUUCAACAGUAGAUGACUUAUUCAUACGUACAAAUCGUGCAACGAGUGUUGAACCAAAUUUACCUAGUAAUAAUAGUAAUGAUAUUAAAAUAAAUAAUGGACAUAAUCAUCAUUAUCUUUGUCAACAACGAUCAUUACCUAAUGGAUCAACAGAUUCAUAUGAUAGUACAGGAACAAUGGAUAGACAAUUUACAAGUUCAGAAACUAUUGAUCAAUCAAUAAAAUCUUCACCAAAUAUAAUGAUGAAUUCGAUAUCAAGUUAUGAUCGAACAAGUGAUUUACAAUAUAAUAAUUUUGAAGAAAAUCGUUUGACUACAUUAAGAUAUUUUGAUGCACGUGAAACAAAUCCUAAUCGAACUGCAAUGGGUUUUCAUUUGCAAUCAAGAGUUUCUUCUUUAAAAAAUGAUCAACAAUCAUCAUUAGAUGAUCCUGAAUAUAAUCCAGCAUUUACAAUUCGUCGUCAUUUACUGCAUAUAAUUGAAGAACGUUUAAAAGUGACAUUACCCGAUGAUAUAAGUUAUGCAUUAAGUGAUGGUGUUGUUUUAUGUCAUUUUAUUAAUCAAAUUCGACCACGUUCUGUUCAAAGUAUUCAUGUGCCUUCACAAGCAGUUCCAAAACUUUCCUUAGCUAAAUGUCGACGAAAUGUCGAAAAUUUUAUUGAAGCUAGUCGUCGUAUUGGUAUUCCAGAGCCUUGCCUUGUUAAACUAACUGAUAUCAUCGUACCAUUUGAUCGAUCAAAUUCUAAUGAAUUACAACAGCAUGGUUUAUUUCGUUUAUUUUUAACAAUAAAUUAUCUUAAAUUAAUUGCAUUAAAUACACAAGAAUUAUGUGAAAAUAAUUUGUGUUCAUCAAUUGAUAAAACAAUUGCUAAUUUUCUUCUUGUCUUUCUUGCUUUAAGUAUUUUCUUAUUGACUUAUUAUCACUAUUAUUUAUAA